AUGACAAUAUUUCCCGCUGUUAUAGCCGAACGAGCACUGGCAUCGCAUUAUAUUUCCGACUAUGAGUCCGUCGAACGACGUUGGAUAUCACUACUAGUAAACUCAAGUGCAUUCUUGAUAUCUGGGUUUUAUAAUGUGCUCAUGCAACUCAUUGCUUCCAGUUUAUAUGCCAUGAUCUUCCUCUUGAUUUUCGCAAUGCUGUUCUUUGCAUCUUCCUUCACAUCUAUCAUGAUGGUUUAUCGUCGUGAUGCUGCCAAGCUUCGAGAUCUAUCUAAUGAGACAGGUCAUUCCAUUAUAAACUACACACUGAGUGUGAAAUUUCAAUUGGCGGAGAAUGUUCGCGUUACAAAGCUACUCACUCACGCUGCACUAGGUCUUUGUGUAUGGGUGACCGGCAUCAGUUGCAUAUGCAGCCCUGCUUACUUGAUCUUCACUGAAGAACAGCCCAUUAGCCAUAUACUUUAUGCGGUUUCAGACGUUAUCAUAGCUUUAUCACUUACAAUCACCGUAUGGCUAUCUCUAGUUGCUAGCGAGAAGUUGAAGAGGACGUAUAAGCACUUUAUGGAUUACUUCUGCUGCAUGAACCAGAAAGUUCAAGAAACCAUGGCGUUACGCCCAUGUGUGAAAAAUCAGCUUGGGUUGAGAAAAGAGAUGCAAAGGGAGGACGCGACCCGAGCCGCAAGAGCUCCAUUCAUUCCUGAUGAGGAAGGCGCAGAGCGAGCUCUAGCAUCGCAUUAUAUCUCUGACUAUGAGAACAACAAAAGACGUUGGAUAUCGGUGUUGAUAAACACAAGCUCUUUUGCUGUUUCUGCAGUUUACCAUCUUCUCAUCCAACUUAUUGCUUUUAGUGUGUAUGCUAUGCUUUUUCUCGUAGCCCUUACAAUGAUGAUCUACGCAAUCUCAUCACUUGCCAUCAUGUUGGUUUACCGACGUGACGCUGCCAAGCUUCGCGAUUUAUCAAAUAAAAGCGGUUACUCCGUUUUGAACUACACAUUAAGCAUGAAAUUUCAAUUGACGGAGAAUGUUCGUGUAGCAAAGGUACGCAUGCUUAAAUACGAGUCCUGGCAAAUUAUCUCUCCAGUUUUCAUCAUUGAAAUUCUUCCUGGGAUCGCUCUUCCAAGUAAUGUAACGAAUCGAUGGAAUGAGACGGUCAAGAUAGAGAGUUUAAUCUAA